AUGAGUAGCGUGCGAAAUGCCAAGUUGAAUCAUGAUAUGAAAUUUAACAUUAUGUAUUGGUGUGUGAUUUUUGUGGUUCUGUGCAUAACAAGUGUACGUGCAUCGGGAAAUUCUCUAAAGGACCCAUACAUUUGCGGUCCACCGACCUGUAUACCGUCAGAGAAAUUUAAAUACCUUACGGAUGUUAAAUAUGAAUAUGAAUACAAAGUAAAAGUGGAAACUUACUUCGCCGGUUCCAGUAAUAACCGUUCUACUUUAGAUGUAUCAGCCCAAGCAACGGUUCAAUUCAUCAAGCCAUGUGAAGGUUUACUACAGCUAAGUAAUGUCAAACUCAAGGAUCAAGAUGAAAAUUAUCCAGUUGAGAGAGCUGAGAAAUUUGUACAGGCUGUAUCUACACAUGACCUUAGGUUUGCAUUCCAUGAUGGCAUCAUAUCUGAGAUAUGUCCAGAUGAGAUCGAAGAAGAUUGGGUACUUAACUAUAAAAGGGCAAUACUUUCACUCUUUCAAAAUAGCAUGAAGAGAUUUGAUAUAGACUUCAAAGGAAUAGAGCAAGACAUUCACGGCACAUGUGAUGUUUCUUACACCGUGAGAGGCCAAGAGAAAACUAGCUUGAUAUUAGUUAAGACAAGAGAUCUAUCAUUAUGUACGGACAGAUACAAAUACAUGUCCAUACUGCAAACUGUUAGAUAUGACUUCCAGAGUAAAUUUCAAACAUGGCCAGUACUAAAAUCUGAAAGCAAAUGCCGUAUAGCAGUUGAUCAUCACAUAUACAAGUCAGUUAAUUGUAGAGAGAGACAUUUGUUUGAGCCGUUCUCUGGUAAAAAUUCAGGAGCUAUGACAACUGUUAUACAGGACUUGGUACUUAUAAAUGAAUACAAUAGAAGUAGUUCAGAAACUAUGUACACUGAAAAUAAAGCUUGGGCGAUGAUAACAAAACGAUCAAAUAUCCUCCACCACCACGCCCCAAACAUCAGAUCCGACACCGGUGAAUUGAAAUCAGCUAGAGAUGUACUGAAAUUACUUUGUAUGAUUAAGCCAAGUUCUGAUGAUGAAGUAAGGACAGUGGAUGAGAAUAUGGAUAGUGGUUCGACCGUAGGUUUGUGGGGCCGCUUAGUGAGAUCAGCUCGCAAGUUACAUCACCCGGCACUAGCACAGCUAUUGGCGAGGGCCCCCACUAUAUGCGAUAGCGCUUCGAAACACAUCCUAGACGCUCUUCCAUAUAUAGCGAGCGCUGGUUCAGUAGAACUUAUAAAGAACAUGAUAAUAAAGAAGGAAGUUGAUUCAGACACACGACACGAAUGGCUCAUGUCGAUGGCCAUGAUACCACGACCAAAAAUAGAGAUGUUAAAGAGUAUGUUGGAACUUCUCCAAACCCAAAGGAAUGAUCAAGUUAUAAGUUUCACAGUAUCAUCCAUGGUGCAUUCAUAUUGCAAACAUAGUAGAAAAGCGUUGAGAGACUGUUGCGAAGAGGAAAUCCCAAAACAGAUACUAGAAGAAUUCCAAGACAUAGUAAACGAAAUAAUUGGAAGGGGUAUUGCAAAUGCUCCGAGAGAAGACAGAGAUAAUCUCGUUAAAGCGCUUAAAGCGCUAGGGAACAUCGGUGGCUUCAAGCAGGAGUUUGCGGAUGUAUUAAUGAAUAUAAUCGGUGAUUCUUUGAUUCCUGUACCGACAAGAUUAACAGCUAUAGAUGCGUUUAGACGAACACCUUGUACAGAGACCAGGGAAUACUUCUUAGAAACAUACAGAGCCGAUCUUGUUGAUGUUGAAGUCCGAAUCGCUUCUUACUUGCAAGUUAUGAAGUGUCCCAAUCUAAGUACAAUUCGGAAGAUAUUCCAUUCCCUCAAGAACGAAGCUGUUAACCAAGUGGCAACUUUCGUUUGGAGUCACCUGAAUAAUUUAGGGCAAUCUUCACUUCCAUCCAGAGUGGAAAUUCAAGGACUUUUAUCUGGUAACACCGUACCUCAAUUGGAAGAUAGCCCAGAUUUCAGAAUGUUUUCAAGGAAUUAUGAACAGAGCGUCUUUUUCGAUCAAUACAAUGCUGGUGGUAACUAUGAAGCCAAUGUGAUAUUCUCUCCUGACUCAUACAUACCUAGAUCAUUGUCUCUUAAUUUGACCGUGGAUAUGUUUGGAGAAUCCAUCAAUUUAUUAGAGAUAAAAGCACGCGGUGAAGGCUUCGAAAGAUACUUCGAAAACCUAUUCGGUAACGAUGGACCGCUAAGCAAGAAUAAAAUAAACGACAAAAUCAGUAAAAUGCGCUUCUUCCGCUCAACAAACGAAGCUGAUGAUAUAAGGGAGAAAAUUGAUGAUUUAGAAUUUAAUAAUAAUGCGCUAAAACAUAGGUUCCCUACCGCCGAAUUAGGGUUCAAAGUUUUUGGUAACGAAAUAUCUUUUUGGAGCGCUGAAGGGGACGAGGAGAUAAGGAAGUCUUUGGAAAGAUUGAAUCCCAAGUUGAGAAUACUGGAGAUACUAUCGGGGAAGGAAAUUUCCUACAACAAAGCGUCUCUAUUCCUAGACACGACAUUCUCAGUGCCAACAGGCUGCGGUCUACCUCUCGGUAUGAAUCUCAUGGGAACUAGCUACGUAGAUACAAAACUAUCAGGAACUGUUGUAGAUAAGUUUAGUCAAUCUAGGAAUCUGGAUUUCGAAGGGAAGAUACGACCUAGCGUUGCGGUCAAUAUAGCGGCUACAAUGAGUGUAUCAGCCGGUUCGUUGGCUAAUAGUGGAGUACGUCUAUCUUCACGUCUAUACACAGCAACGGCAUUAGAAGCGAAGCUAUCAAUCCGCGGCCUUGGAGUUAUAAGACUAGACUUGUCCCUACCGAGGGAAAAACAGGAGAUAUUUGCUGCCAAGUCGGAGCUGUUAAUACUACACGGGGAUCAAGAGAUUCAACAACAAGGUCUCAACAAGAAUAGAAUAGAACAGAACACUUGUAGUUGGACGACGUUCGACAAAGCAAUCGGUAUUAAAGUCUGCGCGGCGUAUCAGUUCCCAAAUAUGACGAAUUUGAAAAACGCCCCAUACUUCAUAUUAAGUGGCCCAGCGAAGUAUAUUGUAUCCUUAGAAAAAGCUGAUCCCUCGGCUAACACAUACGCCUUCCAAUAUAAAUGGGACAAAAACGACACAACUGAUGUAUUGGAUUUCUCAUUUGAUACUCCAAACAGUAAGGAAAAACGUAAAUUCAACGCUGUUCUACUAUUAUCGAACACUUCAAGCGUAGCCGAAGUAACGCUACUAUCUUCAGAAAGCACUAUAAAAGCCAAAGCUCUAUACAGAAAUAUGCCAUAUGAUAAGUCUCUAGAGGCCAGUUUAGAUGUAGAUGGCAGAAAACAGUUUGACAGUGUUAUGGCAUUACAACGACAUGAUAUAAAACAUGGCUACGUAUGGCUCCCACAUGCCUAUUGGGUGGUGAAUGACCAAAAAAUUGCUGAAUUAUCAGGUAGUAUCAAAGUAAAAUCCAAAGGCGGUGUGACUCAAUGGGAUAUUACAGCCGAUUUCCAAACAAAGCAGCUAGCGAGUCGCCUCAUUGGAUAUUACACCGUAAAUGGACCUACACAAGGCACAAAAUUGCAGUUGGACUACCAGUUUUAUAAAACUGCCAAACAAACUAUUAAAAUUGAGGGUAUUUAUAGUAAACGGGCUAUGGCUUACCGAUAUGACGUCUAUGGUGAACUAUCGAUGCAAUUUACCGCCUACCCCGUAUAUAACUUCUAUUCGGUGUUACGUAAUGUGCAAACUCAAAAUCAUCUUGACAUAGGUUUGAAUGUAAGUUCAUCUAAAGAUCUCAAACUUGAUCCGGCCUUUACGUUUGUAUACAAAAGGGUUGAUAAAUUGAAUGGUCUCAAGUUAGACACACAAAUGUCUUUAAAAAGACCAAGACCGGUGCUUAUGAAGUUUCAAUAUGAUCAAACUGGACCAAAAUAUUCGGCUCUAGCGCUUCUGAACUUCAAUCCAAAAUCUCGAGAGAUUUUAAUAUCAGGUUAUGUGUUCGCACCUCCCGGCACACAACUAUAUAUGGACGCUGAACUGAACGUGACUCUACCAACAUUACAUCCAUGCGCUAUAAAGACGAAACUACAUGAGAAACGACCUAAUGAAUUUCAGGUAAAUGCAAUGGGCGUUUGGUUUACCGGCGUGGAUUUCAAUAUUGACGCAGUUUACCAAGAUACCUCCAAAACUAAUCUGGCGUCACAUAGGCUAAAGGUUCUGAUUAAUAGCAGCCACUUCAAAGACAUCGCUGUUGACGCUAGAUUUACUCAAGAUAAUAGACAAAUUACGUUCAUCGCUGAGGGUGAAUACAACGAAGACACUUACAAAACCUUAGUACGAUAUCUUCUACUAUCGGAACAGAACUUCACAGCGUACGGUGAAGUUGACGUUAGCGGUAGAGCUUACAGCUUGAACCUAAACGCAGAUCUCAAUAACAACACAAACGUCAAUAUGGAUAUACAUUUUGAUCAACUCCGCGACGUUCAUAUAUCUUACCAAAGAUCUGUCACACCAACCCAAAAACGGUUGAGCGCUUCAUUCAAUUGGGAUGCAAACAGAGAUCCUUCGCAGAAAUUAAGUAUAGACGCUCGCUUGAACCACAAAGGACAGUGGCAUCACUCUGGGCAAGUCACGCUACACUAUCCAGGCCGUGUUGUCAAUGGAGAAUUUGAAUUUUUACUCAAAGAUUGGUACUGCGAAUGGUUGAUCAGAAUGGGUUGGGCUAGUCCUACAGCUAUAGUGUGGCGAGUUAAGGCAUAUUCAGAGGCUCGCGAAGAAACUGUAUACGCGUUGUUAUCAAACUUAGCCACUCCGUUAUCAGGAUGGGAAGAUACCAGUUUUAAUGUGAUGUGGCGUUACCAUGAUAAUCUUCAAGCUAUAAACGGUAGUAUGAAUUGGCAAGAAGAUUAUUUGGCCUUUAGUUUGUUAGCCGACUAUCUCUUCAGUACUUCAAAGUUCUACGGAGAGAUCAAUGCCUCUGUCAACUCUACUAUACCGACUCUACCAAGAGCUGCCGCUGUUGCAAAACAUACAGUUGUUUGGAAGAAGAGCGCCGAUACUCUAUUAAGUUUCCAGUACAACGAAGAUGGUCUUCUAAUGGUGAAUUCUUCAUGGGCAAUUGAUAAGGGUCAGAAUGAAAACAAUAUAACUGGAAGAGUAACGCUUCUUACACCUUUCCAGGGCUAUACCAAAGGAUUUCUAAGAACAGAAUUCAUUUUGGGACACAAAAGAGAUAUAAAAGGCGUCACAUAUUUAGAUUUAGAGGAGAAGGUUGUGAAGAUAUAUGUCAAUGGUCAUAUGCGUCGUAUAACUAACUGUAUGUUAGUAGUGAAUGUUACUAGUCCAAUACCACAGUUCUCACAAACGACAGCUAGAUUCGGUUUUGUUGAAACAGACAGACAUUUAGUUGCCAUGAUUGUUACACCGAAUUCUACUACUGGAAUUGAAGUACUACUGCAAUUGAAUACAAUGCAAGACUUUUCAAUAUUUGGACAUGUCGCGCUUCCCAUACAAUACUUAAAUAGAGCAAUGAUUACUGCCAAGAGAGGUUCCGAAGAGGUCGACUUUAGAGUUGGUUGGGGAACAAUGGACUUUGGUUUCACAGGAAUAUGGCAAUGGAAAAACAUAUUGGACUUCGUAUAUGUCUAUAAAUUGUACACACCUUUAGAUGGAUUCGAAGAAAACGGUCUUGUAUUGAAAAAUAUAUACGGAAAUGGUCUUGAUACUGAGCUAUCUAUACGACUUUCUAAGCACAAGUUCGGAAUAUCAAUAUUCUUAGUUGAUAAAGGCAAAGGUCUUUUGGACGUAAUUAAAGACAGUUUCCAACACAAAGCUAGUGAAUCUGAUAUGUUUGUUGAAAAUUUCGACACGGAGGCGACUAUUAAUUUGGACACCCUGUAUUAUCCUACGAUAAAUUUCCACGCCCACAUGUUAAAGUUUGUUGGUCCCGACGAAGAAGAUAUUUUGGAAGCGAACGCAACACUUCAUUUACCAAACAAAUCACCGAUUGUACUAACAGAUGUUUUUAUACUAGAGGAAUACACAGUGAUGAGGAACACUUUGAAUUUAGUGACGCCAUUCCAAGCUGUGAAGCAAUUAAAGUCUGUAUACACUGUGGAUAUCGCUAUAGGAGAGAAGUUUAAUGUGACCUGUGUAGCCUUGCUUUAUAAUGGGACGUAUUGGCAUGAUAUAUCAUAUAAAAUAUACUACGAGACGGAAACGGGUGAAGAUGAAGCUUACAAAUCAUAUCUGGCCUCGGUGGGUAUAGCGACCCCUUUAGCAGUUCUGCCAGCCUUAGAAGCUAGAGUCUCAGCCCGUCUGGAAGAUGCUUUAUGGAAAUUAUCCGCAGAUAUAGCCAUGCCGUCGUUCACUGUUACCGCACUCGCAAGACUUGAGCUUGAUGAUCCAUUUGUGGAAACUUCAGGCAGUUUGAACCUGACCUCGCUUUAUUUAGAAGAUUAUUUUAUCAAGAUGCAAUUCAAGAAGGAUUUUUCUGACGUCGAGAGCGUUGUCGGCGGCGGAAUUCACAUACAACAGGGAGAACAAAAUAAUUAUGUAUUUGCUGACGUAGUAUGGCGUCCCCCGCCCUCUCGCCACGUUCGCUUCACGGCUCGUGGCGCGCUCGUGCCAGUACUUGAACCAGCGGAGAUAGCGUUCCAGUUCUCAGAAGAAGAACGAACGAGAACACUCACACUAGACUUAACUAGUGUAGAUGGUUACUACUCCUUGAAGGCCGACCAAAGACCGUUGUCGAUAAACGUUGCUCUUAGUACGCCGCAUAAAAGAUUUAGAGCAAUGAAAAUAAUUGGUGAAUUCGCGGGAGAAGACAUCAAAGGGUCGUUCGUUACCGACAGCACCGAAUAUAGUGUUAGCGGGAAAAUGGUUAAUAAAGAUCCACUUGAGCUAUCUCUGAUUUUGGUACCUAAAGGACAAGGUCAACAAAUAUCAAUACGAAUUAAAUGUGAAUCAUCCCCAACAUCCUACGCGCUAACGGCACACAUUAUGGGUCCCAUAGAAGCUACAGUACGUGCGAAAGCUGAGGUCGAAAAGAAUUUUACUGAUGUAUUCUUUAAGGUUGAUCUGCCAAAAGUAAGGAGUAAAGAGAUCUUCUUCAAGACUCGUGUUGACUCCUAUCCUAUGUUACGUCGAGUGGUCAGCGUACAAGCCGCUUCACCCAUACAAAAACUCAGUUUCGUGAAGGGUGAUGCCGAUUUUGUUUUUGGUCCUAAAACCGGUUAUCUUCUAUGUAAAUACGAGCUACCAGAUAUGAAAGGAGAUGGAGAUUUGAAAUGGAGCUUUUUACUAGGCGAUUUAUAUAUACGGGCAGUAGGUGACCAAUUAGUAAAACAAAUACAGAGAAGUGUUGACUUAGAUAUAUACUUUGGAAACACAACCGAAGAAGGUCUGCCUAAAACGAACGCCGGUUUUAGAAUGGAUUUGGAUCAUAUCUGGCAAAUAGGUGCGAACGCGUCAUUCGGCUUCAUAAUGGAGCAGCGUCUGAAUCUAUUCAUCAACGCAGUUCUUCCCAAACCAAACGUGGACGUACAUUCAUUGAUGUUAGACGCACGUUUCAACGAGUCACCUGUUACUGUGGAAGCUUUAUACUUUACUGAUGUCACCGCUGUUAAAGCCGGACUUAAAGGACAGUUGCUGAGCCUACCAGAAAGUUUUGAUGGUAACGCAACAGUUAUUUGGACGGCAAAUUCCCAACACAAGAGCAUAGACAAUAUUGUUUCAUACAAAUGGGAUGUGAAUGGAUCUAAGUACAUUGACUACUCACUUAACACGCCCUUACAUGAAACACAAAAUACCUUCAAAUUAAAAGGCUCAUAUCAAAAGGAUUUCGUUCACGGAUAUCAAGUUGUUAAAGGUCGCAUGCAUUCACCUGCUAGUCAACAAAUCGGUGAAGUUGAUAUCACGUACGGCGGAGUAAGACAUACUGACGGAUACUUCAAUAUGACGACACCAUUCAAUACAUUACCCUGGCUCAAGAGCAUAUUUGAUAUAAAUAACGCUGAAGAGAUUUCCGACAACAAAGUCUACUUGUUCUGGCCAAACAAAUCCGCUACAGUUAAUACAACGCACGUAUACAAAAAAUUUGACAAAGGUUUCACUCAAACCGGCACUAUAUCACUUUCCAUUCCAUUGAGCACUCAACAUUUAGUGAAUACGAAAUAUUAUUAUAUAGAGGAAGAAAAAACCAGCAAUGGUAAUGCAACUAUAGAUUUUGAUCAAGAGAGAUUUGUUAAGGGUUCGUUUAAUAAGGUACUUAGUAAAAGUGAGAGGAAUUUAGACCUUGAGACUAUGAAUAUAGAGGUCGAAAACGUACAUACACCAGUGGGUGUUAAAUAUAUUCAUGAAUACGAUGACACUGGUAAUAUUGACGUAAAACAAGCAACAAUAUUCCAUUUACUGAACGCAACCAAAUUCAACGUGACCGGAAAAUUAGAUACUCAUACAUACGACAUCGGCAAAGAGAUCAAAUUCACAGCAAUGCACGGGAAUCGAACUUGGAACUUCGAGAACAAAUACGAAGCGGCUGAUAAAGAAUUGAAACAGGGAAGCAAAGUUACAUGGGCCGAGGAUGUGUGGAUACAUUAUGACAUACAUGUUACUAAUAUGACUGAGGCGGACACAGAAUCUCAGAACAUAAUUCUGAACAUACUGUAUCCAAGGCGAACGUUCCAAGCUCGCGGAGUGUACCGUCUACAGGAUGCUCUACUAGAUGGUAAUAUAGUAUUAUUAUGGGAUGUCAGAGGCGAGAACAAGACCGCGGAAUUGAAAGGAAAAUGGGAAAAUCCACCGAUGGAGGGAGGGAAUUUACAUGAUAUGUACCUAGCUUUAUCACAUCCGUCUUUCAGAAAGGAUGUAACACUAAAAGGUCAAUACCUAACAACGGCGUCGGUAAUGUCAAAUCUAUCUAUGGAACUUCAAUAUUCAGACUACGAGAAGGAAUAUUUGAAAGUUCAAUCUAUACUAAUGGAUAAUUCAAACGGACCUAUUAGAGAUUAUAAAUACAUAUUAAAAUGCACCCAUCCCGCUACAAGUCUGGAUUUGGAUAUGAAAUCUGAUAUUAACAUCCACAGUCGUUGGUACUUCAUAGAUAAUUAUUAUAGAUUCCAGAAAUCAAUGUUCUAUGAGAAACUGAGAAGCAAUAAACUAUUGAUAGAUUUGAAUAAUAGCGGUGUUACUUGGGAGCGCGCCAACGAAACAUAUUUCUACAAGAUGAAUGGAACCUGGUCUUUGGUUUACCCAAGGUAUAUAGCUCGUGGUUUGAUUAAACGACCAAAUGCCAAUGACACUUUAGUAGCUGAACUAUCAAUGAUUGAUAAGUCUUUGGUAGCGCAUUACAAUAGCACUGAUGAUAUAUCAUACCACUUAAUAGGCAAAAUAAUAGAUACUAGAUCUGCUAGAUUAGACUCGUGGAGGAACUAUGAUGACGUCACCACCGUAGAUCUAGCUUCAUACAUACGUUUGAAUCACUCACGCCUUCUAACUAGCGCUAUAGUAUGGCGACCGGAAAUAUUCAGCGAGGCUAAAUCACAAGCUAUAUAUACAUUGAAGAUAUUAUAUGAACAAAUAAAUGAUACAUUACUCGUUAUCAAAGAAGCGCCUAUGGAAGCUCAUCUUGCUUUAAGGAAUAUAUGGAGUGAUGCGAAGCCGAGAGUUAGAGAAUUUUUGGAUGAUUUGAACGAUUUACACGUUAUUAAAGACGAUUUGGACGAAUUCGAGAGCUUCUUGAAGGAAUCAUACGAUCAUAAUGACUUUUACGUUAAGGAUAUAGUGGAAUUUACGUAUUACGUACUAGACGAAAUGGCUAUAAGAAAUCAUUUGGAAAGUUUGCCCGGAUUCGUAAACGAUAUGUGGGGAAUGAUGGGCAAUACUAGCCAAUCAAUCAAACAGAGUCUGACAUACGUGGUUGAUUCAAUAAAAAAGGCUUACGCGAAUUUCUUGGAAACGGUUAACAAAAUCUUAGAAGCCGAUUUGAUGGAGCUUGUAUCGGAUAAAUUGGAAGCUAUGAUAUUACAAUACGAUAACUUCAUUAGGGAUCUGCAUAUGAAGUUUUUGGAUUACUGGGAAGAAACUUGGGUGAACGCUACAACAAGACUAUCAAAAUAUUGGCACGAUUUAUUAAAGUCCAUAGAGCCGUUAUUCUUCAAGGUAGUGCAUUACAGUGAAGCGUUUGUUGUGACUAUUUGGCGAGGAAUAAUGGACUUUUUCCAUGAAAGGACUCACGAAUUGACGGAUACACCUUACUUCAAUUACGUUUCAACGUUCGGCCAUGAAAUGGAUCGCAUAUACAAAGAUCUCAUACACAAUGACAUCAUAACAAAUAUAAAGAAAUACACCAAGAAACUUGUUAAUGUUAUUUGGACGAAAAUAGAAAAAUACAUUCCAUUUACUGACGAAUUCAAACAGUUAUUCAAUGAAUUCAAGAACGCCUGGGAAAACUUCUUGAAGACUCCGCAAGUGGUCUACGUAAGAGAAAAGUACAAUGAAGCGUACGUUCGUCUUCGAUGGUGGUACGACUAUUUCCUUAUCGGCGAAGCUUUGGACCAAAUUUGGGGAAUCGUUUACGCCAAGGUCACUGACCUCGCGAAAACCGCAUUACAAUAUGAAGAACUACAUAGAACUCCCAAAACGAACUUUAUAUUCGAUCCACAGAAGGGCGAAAUAAUUCUGGAACAAAAAUUACCAAUGUCGUGGCACGCGUUUAAUAGGACACCAGAUUUCAGUGAAAUAUCUGAAUACAAAGCUGUUAGAGACUUUAUGGACCAAUGGUUGAUCAGUAACAGGAGUAUAUGGGCGUAUUAUUAUGAUAUUAGACCAUAUAUGGACUUCAAUAAUAUUCUGCCACCUUUUGCUGGUGUAGCAAUGAUGACGGCUCAAGGAACACUGGUGACUUUCGACAAACAAGUGUUCACGGUAACCGAACCCGGGACAUUCCUCCUCACUAAGGAUUACAGACAAAACAACUUCACCAUACUAAUGGAGAGUAACGAUCAGGGAAGAUAUGACUUGGUUAUAUUGACGAAGAAGAAUUUGGUCUUUAUUGACCUGUACAGACAGCAAGUGUCUCUUGGUAGGAGCAUGCCUUUGAAUCUCCCCGCAGUGAUUGACGAUCUGAUAGUAGACAGACAGACUGACGUCAUAUCAGUUGAAGGAAACAACGGCUUGGGAGUGGAAUGUAAUCUACUGUACCAUACGUGCAAGUUAGAAGUUGCGGGUUGGUUCUACGCUAGUCUCGGCGGUCUUCUCGGUACGUACAAUAAUGAGCAGUACGAUGAAUUGCAACUACCUUCGGGAAUCAUGCAAACAGAUAUACAAGCUUUAUCAAAAUCAUGGGCCAUUCGUCACAGUAAUGGGACCAUCGCUGAUAGAACAAAUAACACGGCCUGUGAUAAAUUCUUCAGAAAUAAAGUAUCGCCGUUACAUCCUUGCUUCACAUUGAUCGAUGCCGUUCCGUUCCAUACUGAGUGUAUGUCGGGUGCCGACGCUUGUUCCCUAGCAGGUGCUUACCUACAGCUAUGCGAACAUCAACACGUGCCAGCGCAUAUACCAGAUCAUUGUGUACAAUGUACAACACCAACAGGAGACAUCAUUGAAGAAGGAUCCUUCCUCCAACUACAAAACAUUCCGUCUUCAAUGGACGUGGUAUUCGUGGUUGAGGCUCAGUACUGUAAUAAAAAUAUACGUAAGGCCAAAAACAUCGAUUUGUUUGUCGAGACAUUGGACAGCAAACUGCAAGGAAAUGGGUUCUCUGAUAACAGAUACGCUGUAGUAGUAUACGGAGGUCGCGGUGUGUUCAGUCGCGCCCGAGCUCUAUACGUCAACAACAAGCUGUUCACAGACGCUGUUGAUAUACCCAGAUAUUUUGAGGCAUUCCAGAUAGAAAAGUCAUCAUCUGAUCGUAAUCGUUCCUCGGAGGCGUUGCGUGCUCUACGUACAGUGAGUACACUGCCACUAAGAGCGGGAGUACCUCGGAUUGUCAUACUGUUACCGUGUGGCUCGUGUGGGAGUGGCGAAGAGUUGGACUAUUCAACUAUAUACCACAAUUUAAUGGAGAAUUCGAUCACACUCCACAUACUUAUGGACGGCGAUUUUUCACUAUCCAAGAAACGAGUCGCUAAAUAUUUGUUUGGUAUGGACAAUUCCGUCGUCUACACUAAUAAAGACUACGAGCGACUGACAGGCGACGCCGGGUUGAAGAAGCAAGUUAGAUUACCAAAGGAAAAACUUGGACUAUGUAGCUCGUUGGCGCUUGAAACUAAUGGUACAAUAUGGGCGGGUUCUAAACUAGAGUCUGACCGCGCGGCCGCUCGUCGUUUCUCGACAGUUUGCGGCGGUAGAGUUUCCCGCGUAACGCCGUGUGCUGCACCACGCUGCGAGUGCCGUAACGCAGCGCUACACUGCAGGCCGUGCGCCAAUCAUGAUCCGUUGGAGCUAUCUUUUUGGAACUCUGAUGACAUCGAUGAACUCAUCGACCUUGCAAUGGAUCCACCAACAUUACCCUCGUUUAGAUGA